UAUUAUACUAGUGGGAAACUAAAACAGUGUAUUAUUUUACACUCCAUUCUUUUGUAUUUCCCACAACAAGAACUUACAGCAUUAUGUACAACCUCAUACCGUGCUAUAGAUCAAUCAGAAUUUAAACCAUGCUCACACCGUGCUGUAGAUCACUGCAUUCUCUUGCUGCAACAGCAUCUGAACUUCAGACACUGUACAACAAAAUCCCUACUAAUUACUCUCAUUUCACUACCUUGCUUUCUUCUUGCAGAAAUUUAAGGUCCCUUUACAGCGUCCAUGGCCGUUUGGUAAUCUUGGGCAUGACCAAUAGCAAUACAAUUCUUACCCAUUUGAUAAACUCCUAUUCUUCAUUCCAAAAAUUUGAUUUUUCUAAGUUGGUUUUUGAUUCUGUGACAAACCCAGAUGGGAUUUUGUAUAAUUCUAUGAUUAGAGCGUAUUCGAGGUCCGAUAAAUUUGAUGAAGCAUUAGGGUUAUAUAAUAGAAUGUUGGAGAGAGAAGUAGAGCCUGAUAAAUAUACUUUUACCUUUGUCAUUAAGGCUUGUGCUGGUAAAUUUGACUUAAAAGAGGGACUUAAAAUUCAUAAUGAUGUGAUUAGGAGGAACUUAGAGUUGGAUAUUUAUAUUUCUACUGGUUUGGUUGAUAUGUAUUGUAAAAUGAGUCAACUUGAUCGUGCACGGAAGGUGUUUGAUAAAAUGCCUAAGACAGAUAUUGUUUCUUGGAAUGCUAUGAUUGGUGGAAUUUCAAAGGAUGGGGAUCCUGAUGAAGCGUUGGGGUUUGUAAGGGCAAUGCAACGAGGUGGGGUUGUGCCGAAUUCUGUUAGCUUGUUGAAUAUGUUUCCUAGUGUUUGCAAAUUGGAGAAUGUUAGACUGUGUAGGUCAGUUCAUGGUUUUGUGAUCAGGAGGGAUUUCCCGUUGAAAGUUUACAAUGGAUUGAUUGAUGCAUACUCUAAAUGUGGAUUUGUUGAAUAUGCUCGUUGUAUUUUCAAUCAGUUACGUGGUAGGGAUCAUGUAUCUUGGGGAACAAUGAUGGCUGGUUAUGCUCAUAAUGGAUAUUUUUUUGAAGUGCUGAGGUUGUUUGAUGAGCUGAAGAGUAGUAGUGCAAUGAUGAAUAAGAUAUCUGUUGUUAGUUCCUCUUUAGCUGCUUCAGAAUUGAGAGAUUUAAAGAAAGGGAAGGAGAUUCAUAAUUGUGCAGUACAAUAUGGUAUGGACUUUGAUACUAUAGUUGCUACUUCUUUGAUGACAAUGUAUGUGAAAUGUGGAGAGUUUGGAAAAGCCACUGAACUUUUUAGGGGGCUUAAGGAAAAAGAUUUGGUUGCUUGGUCUGCCUUAAUUGCUGCAUUAGUACAAAGUGGAUUUCCUAUAGAAGCAGUAUCUCUAUUUCGUGAAAUGGUGCAUGAGAAGCUAAAACCAAGUAGUGUAACUCUGUUAAGUAUCUUUCCAGCCUGUGCAGAACUUUCAUCAGGGAAUCCAGGAAAAAGCAUUCACUGCUAUUGUCUGAAAGCUGAUAUAGAUUCAGAAGUUGCUGUUGGCAAUGGCCUAGUUUCAAUGUAUGCCAAGCGAGGAUUGUUCACUCAGGCAUUGACCUUCUUUUUCAGAAUGCCAUGCAAAAACAUAGUUUCCUAUAAUUCGCUGAUAAGUGGAUAUUCUCAGAGUGGCGUCUCUUGCCAAGUGAUGAAAAUAUUCCAUGAAUUACUAACUUCAGGGUUGAAACCUGAUUCUGAAACUAUGGUGAGUGUGAUCCCUUCUUGUGCACUUACUCAAGAUCUUGAACAUGGGACAUAUGUACAUGCCCUGAUUAUAAAGUGUGGAUUUGCAUCUGAGUGUCAUGUAAAGAAUGCUUUGAUUGACAUGUAUGCCAAGUGCAGCAGAAUAUAUUCAGCUGAGAGGUUAUUUAAUGAAAAUGACUCUAUCAAAGACGAGGUUACUUGGAAUGCCAUAAUUUCUGGUUAUGUGCACAAUAGGAAGUCCAAUGAAGCUCUUUAUGCCUUUUGUCGAAUGAAAUCUGAAGGAUUACAGCCUUCUGCAGUUUCUAUGGUAAGUGUCCUUCCUGCAGCAGCAGAACUAAGUGCUCUCCCACAAGGUAUGUCACUUCAUGCCUGUACAAUAAGAAUGGGGUUUCAGUCCAAUACACACAUCAGUAAUAGUCUUAUUGAUAUGUAUUCCAAAUGUGGACAUUUCAAUGGUUCUGAGAAACUUUUUAAAGAGAUGAAAAAUAAAGACACAGUAACAUGGAAUACAAUGCUCGCCGGAUAUGCACUUCAUGGGCACGCUACACGUGCUGUUGAACUUUUUUCACAGAUGCAAGGUGAUAAUGUGAUGCUUGACUCGGUAACUUUUCUGAGUGUCUUGUCAGCAUGCAGACACGGUGGAUUGGUAGAUGAAGCAAGAAGAAUAUUCAAUUCCAUGCAUGAAAAGUUCAAUCUUGAACUCAAGUUGGAACACUAUGCUUGUAUGGUUGAUUUGUUGGGCCAUGGUGGUCUAUUUAGUGAGAUCAUGAACCUCGUAAAUCAAAUGCCAGUAGAACCUGAUGCUGCUGUUUGGGGAGCUUUAUUGGGUGCAUGUAGAAUGCAUUCUAACUCAGACUUGGCAGAAAUGGCUUUGAACAAGUUGGUGAAACUUGAGCCUGAAAACCCAGCACAUUAUAUCGGUCUAUCAAAUAUAUAUGCUGAAUCUGGUAGGUGGGUUGAGGCCAAAAACAUGAGAUUGAAACAAGCUGAUGCUGGGCUCAAGAAAUUCCCAGGAUGCAGUUGGGUUUAGGUCAAGAAAAUAAGACACUAGAUUUCAGAUAGAUGCGUGAAGCUGGUAGUUCUGCGCCGCUGAUGGGAGCAUGUAAUAGUGUUUUGUGGUUAUUUCCUCACGCCCUGCGAGAAAAAUGAGCAGGUCUUUCUUUGCUUAUCCCUUUCCCUUUGCCUUUGGAGUUUCUGUUAUGUUAUGACUCUGCAGAAUUCAGUGAGACCUCCUCAAUUACAGACACCAAUUGUCCGAAUGAAGAACAGCUAGGUUCAACUUGCUGCUGAGGCAGUUCCUGGUUAUUUGUACCAACUGGAGCAACCUAGCUAUUGUUCUGAAGAGUCGGUUGGGAAGGCCUUCAAUACCAGACAUUCAAACAGCAGGAGAUAAACAAAAGAUUUUUCCUAACAGUAUGAUGUUGUUUGAAAUAUCAGUGAGUUAGCUUUUGCGAGCUGCGAAAGUUGAGGUGUUUAAGUGGAAAGUUGAUGGCCUCUGUGCAUGCUAUGCAUCCAUAACUGUGGAGGGAGAUAUAGAGAAAGGCUUAGGCAACAACUGAAAACUUUACAACUGACGAGGGAUUGGCAUUUCAUUCUUUUCUUUUAAGAUCAAUAUACUCCGUAAUGAAAUUGGGGUGAAGGAAUCCGAGGAGUGAUACAGGAUUGUAUACGCAGGGCAGGAUCAACAAUAAACGUACUUGAAAAUUUCUACUGUUUGCCUCUUUGGUUCUAUUCGAUCGAAAUUACUGAAAAAUAAUUGUAAUUAGCAGUAUCAAUCAAUAAUUGCCUCUUUGGUUUUUUUUUUUUUU